AUGUUCUCCCGACCGAUUCCGGCCACGGCGGCCAAUCUCAUUGAGACUAGCCAACUGCGCAGGAGAUAUUAUAGUGCUCAAGUGUACGCGCAGACACAAGUGCACUCUCUAUUCCUGUCACUCUCAUACUCCGGUGGGACGAUACGAGACACGACCGAAAAUCUUGCUGACACUUUGACCAUUUCACUGAGAAUCCUGCUUUUAACAAGUUCUUACAAGGACCGUACACAGCUCAUUGGAUCGACCCUGAACUUGGCCUAUAUUCUCACGUUCUUUAAGACAGGGACCGGAUACAAAGGAAAUAAGUUUGAAUGGGGGGAUGAUAGAGUACAGACAUUAUAUGCGGCAAUGUCAGGUGGUACUGAGCGUGCGCACUGGAGGCCGGGGCGCUACUGCCCGCGGCCGGCAGACGGCGUUGCGAGCGCGGCGUAU